AUGGGCUGGGCGGGCGAGGCCAGCUUCCUGGACCUGCUGGAGCGCAACUCGCGCAAGCUGAGCAAGGACGGCCUGGACAGGCUAGCCAGCAUCGCGGUGGCGGAUGAAUUCGAGUGCUAUAAGCACGUGGCGGCGCUGCUGGAGCGUCAGAUGAGGAAGGGCAAGGAUAAGCAGCGCGUGAACGUGCUGCACGUGCUGUCCCACAUCGUGAGGCGCUCCACCAGGAAGCACGGGCAGAAGGACAAAUACGUGAAGAGACUCGAGGGAAGGCUGGUGGCCAUAGGGAAGCUCUUGCGGGAAGUCCCCUCCGAACAUUGGGCAAGGAUCCAAAGGGUUGUGGGCGCAUGGAGGCGCGAGAGAGUGUUUGCGAAGGAGAGCCUGGAUUCUCUGGGCAAGGUGCUCCCAGAGAUGUGCAGUGCUCCAGUCGAGGGAGUUUCUGAGGGCGUCAGGAGAUCCGCCAGGAACAAGGCCAUGGUGCAUGGCAAUGGUCCCACUCCAAAGUCAAAGGCGCCUGUGGUGCCUCCUCCCGAAGAGGCACAGCAAGCCUCUCCUGGCUCCUCAGCAGUUGUCGAGUCCACUGCAGCACCAGCAGUCGAUGGUGCUGAGUUGUAUGACCCGUACAGGGACGUUGCAUCUGGACCUCCCAGCGCCCUCCCCCCCUCAAUGCCGCCAGUUCCUGUCCCGCCGCCAAUGCCAGUCCCACAGCCCGCCCCGGCGCUCCCUCCUGCCCCUGUCCACCCACCCCUCCCAAGUGCGAAUGCCGCACCAGUCACCGUGCCACCUUGCCCACCCAUCGUCCCCAGCGUCCUCCCCGGCCCUCUAGCGAUGGCCUAUGGCUCCGAGCACACCUACGGGUACAACCAGUUUGCGCCAGGACUGCCGCACCCAUCUGCUCCUGCCCUCCCACCCCCUUUUCCCUUGUACUCAGUUCCCCCCCCCCAAGGUCUCCCGCCCCCCAUUCACGGCUCGCUCCCUCCCCACCUCCCCUCCCUUGGGACGAUACCAGCCGUGCCACCCCCAGUGCCCGCCCCUCCCUCAAUGCCCCCCCACCUGUUGAAUCCUACCCCGCUCCCGCCAUCCCACCCCCUGCCCCUGCCUGGCCCUCCUUUGCUGUACCCUGUCGCGCAACCCCCUCCCCCUCCAAGCCCUCCCCCACCGGUGCCCUCCCAAGUUGGGUCCACAGCACCAUACAGUGUUCCCCCGCCACCUCCCCUGUUGCCCCCGCCCAUGUUGCAUGACACGCUGCCUCCCGGCCUUGGGCCGGCGCCAGCCGGGCAGGCCACGGAGGCAGCGCCACCUGCCCUGCCUGCCGCUAGGGAGGCUGCGGUCAGCUCUUCUGGCGGGGUGGUGAGGAAGAGGAGCGAGGAGGCCAGCAAUCUGGGCGAUGUGGACACUGCUUCGAAGAGACUGCGCUCAUCGAGGUGGGGGCCCCCUUCCUGCGACCAAGGAACGGAUCCGCACGUUGGGACCCAGGGGCCAAACGUGAGUGACAGCAAUCGAGGCAAAGAUGCAAACGAUGGUCAGCAGUGCGCUGAGUCAAGGUGUGGACCACAGCCGCAUGAACGCGGCAUUCCUUCUCAUGGCCUUCAGGGUGCGGAUGCCAGUGCUGGAUCGCAAGGUCUGUCAGUGCGGAGGGACGUUGAUGUGCUGAUCGAGAAGGCCAGGGGCCUGGCUGCAGCGAUGAGCAGACCAGAGAGCAACAGAAUGGAGGUGCAGGGUGCUGGCACACGGGAGGGUUCUGCUGACGACAACAUUGGGCUGGGAGGGGUGGGCCCACCGCCACAGCUUCCUGCCAGCCUUGGCGAGCUGGACGAUGGCGGCAGUGUGGAUAUGUCGCUUGGGCAGUCCGGUGGGGUGCCAGCUGCAGCGAGCCUGGGCGUUGCGCCUUUCCCCCAAGGGCGUGAUGCCCAGGAGGCGGCCAGUACGCUGGUGUCUCAGCCUCCAUUGCCGCCACCCCCAGCCUCCCCGCCACCCCUGCCCCCACCACCUCCUCCGCCCACGUCCCAAACAAAGCCCGGUGGCGAGGGCGAGGGGAUGCAAAUAGGAGAUCGCUCUGCGCUUGAUGCCUGGAAUCGUUUGUCAUCUGAAGGAAUGGGGCUGCUGGCCAGGGCAGCAAAGGAGCCCGGGGUGGUGCCCAAUGAGGAGGUGGCUGUGCAACUGUGA